AUGGAGAAAACUGAAGCCUCGAAAGAUCUCUCUUCUACUAAAGUUUAUGAUGAUAUAAAGGAAUUAUUCCAAACACUUCCACAAGAGAGAAACUGGGAUGGCCGUUGGCUGUGUCAAUACAAAGGUUUUUGGUGUCCAGUACGAUGUUUUCGACCAAUAAUAUCCUCUCAAAGACACUUUGAUGCUCGUGAUACUGAUAUACUAUUGGCGAGCAUGCCUAAAUCAGGAACCACCUGGUUGAAAGCUCUCAUCUUCAGCAUUGUCAAUCGCAAUAAUUAUUCCAUUGAUCAAACCCCUUUACUCACAUCCAACCCUCAUUCACUUGUAACUUUUCUUGAAUUCAAUGUUUAUUGGGGAAAUGAUAAUCCUGAUCUUGAGAGCAUUCCCAGUCCUAGAAUGUUUUCGACCCACAUGCCUUACGAGUUGCUUCCCAAUACAAUUCUUGAAUCUAAGUGUCGGGUUGUCUACAUUUGUAGAAAUCCCUUGGAUCAGUUCAUCUCUCAUCGCCAUUUCUUGCUCGAAAAUAAAUUAGAAAAAGACGCAGAACCACUAGCCAUUGAUGACGCCUUUGAAAUGUUUUGCAAAGGAAUUCACCCUUUUGGCCCAUUUUGGGAUCAUAUGAUUGGAUAUUGGAAUGCAAGCUUGAACAACUCUGGAAAAGUGUUGUUUCUGAAAUACGAAGAUCUCAAAGAGGAUAUUGUGUUUAGUGCAACGAAGAUAGCAGAAUUUAUUGGAUUCUCUUUCUCGGUAGAGGAAGAAAAACUAGGCCUCAUAGAAGAGAUAUCAAGACUCUGCAGCUUUGAUAAUCUCAAGAGUUUGGAAGUAAAUAAGUUUGGCAACAGAGGUGUAAUUCAAAAUAGUUCAUAUUUCAGGAAGGGAGAAGUCGGAGAUUGGACCAAUUAUCUCUCUCCUUUGAUGGCUGAACGUAUUGAAAAGCUCAUAGAAAUGAAGUUAAAAGGAACUGGUUUGAUGUUCAAUACCUACAGCAAGGACAGCUGA